UCCCAAACUAAACACGCACGACUUCCGCCAUUAAAAUCCCCCACAGUCUUCUCUCUCAAUCUUCAUCCUCUCUCUCUCUCUCUCUCUCUCUCUCUCGAUCUCGUAGUCGGUUCUCUCUCUGGCAUCUCACAAUGAAGGCCUUCAGGAGGAGUACCGAAGCUUCAUCGUACCACAGAUACCUCAAGCCAGGGGCCCUGGCACAGCUCCGGGACUCCAGGAUCAGCGCGAGGUCCCACAAGCUCUCCGAUUCGCUGAGCCAGCUCUCCGUCUCCCGCCUGAUCCGAUCUCCGGUCCAGACCCAGCUCCCGGCCGCCGCUGUCCUAGAUCGGGUGCCUCCGUUCGUCACCUACAGCUUCGGCCCUCGUUACCUCAAGAGGAAGAAGCUCGUCGCCGCUAGAUCUGUAAACUUGCCGAGCAUAGAGAUCAGUUCUUCCGACUCUUUAAUGAGCCUGCUUGGCGGCGAUGCCGUUGCUGCUCAUUGAAUGAAGCGGUUCGGUGAAUAGAUCUCAGAUUUUUUUUAGCCCCCCUCCUUUUUCUUUGUAGAUCUUGUUGUUUAGUAAUUUGCCCGAAUUGCAAGGUGGAAAUGAAGCUCAAAAUGUUCGUACAUUUUCCUUCCCAUCAUUAGCCAUUGCUUUUACUUUCUCUGUUAGAUCGAUCAAAUCUAUCUAUGCCUCCAUCCGGAUGGUAGAGAUGGUUGUCGAAAGUCCAAAACUGUCAGUAAUUCCCCCAACAAAUGCUAUUAGGAUCAGUAAUCCAUGCACAUUUACUACU